UAGUCCAUCUCAAAACCUAAACCCUCAACAAUCAAUCUAAAACCCUACUACUACCACUCUGUCAGAACUCAGGGUGAGCUCAACGAGCCAUCCAUGGCGAGCAGACGGUGUCUCCACGCUUUGACCCGCCACGCCUCCGCCCUGUUCUCCACAAACCCGUCUCUCCCUUCCCUCCCUCUCCCUCUCCCACUUCCUCUCUCCAAAACCCAGCCCCUAAAACCCUUCCUCGCCGCCCACAUUUUCACCACUCCCGAACCCACCCAGCACUGGUCCAACACUCGUCAUUUCUCAUCCAAAAGAGAAGACGACGACGAAGCUGAAGACGAUGACGAUGACGAAGACGAUGGUGACGAAGAUGACGAUGACUAUGACGACGAUGAAGUGGGUGGGGUUAGCGAGGAGGAGGGCGAGCUGAAAUUGGUGAAGAGAGAGUACUCUCCGGAGGAGAAAGAGGCCGAGGCUGCGGAGAUUGGUUACAAAGUGGUGGGCCCACUAGAGCCCUCCGAUCGGGUUUUCAAGCGCUACGACCCGGUUUUCGCUGUCGUUCAGAUUGGAUCGCACCAGUUCAAGGUGAGCAAUGGGGAUUCGAUUUUCACUGAGAGAUUGAAAUUCUGCGAAGUGAAUGACAAGUUAAUUUUGAACAAGGUUCUUUUGCUUGGCUCUAGUAGUCAGACCAUUAUUGGUAGGCCCAUAUUACCAGAUGCAGCUGUUCAUGCAGUUGUUGAAGAGCAUGCAUUAGAUGCAAAGGUAAUUAUAUUCAAGAAAAAGAGAAGGAAGAAUUAUCGCCGUACCAAAGGACAUCGUCAGGAACUGACUAAAUUAAGGAUUACUGAUAUUCAAGGAAUUGAGAAACCUGAAAAACCCUACACUGGGAAGCCUUCAAAGGCUGCUGGGAAGAAGCCAGAAAAGGUAACUGGGAAGAAGCCAGAAAAGGUUGCAGUUGCUGCUUAAGGGGGAUUUUUUCCAUGGCUAUACAUCAACAAUAAUGGCCGUCCAUGCUUAUAACUCCUGAGUUUUGACUUGUUAAUCUUAUAGGAUGAGCAUGAUUCCAUUCCUAAUUUUCUCCAUGUACACAUCUUGGAUGUCUUGUCAUGCAGAUAAUCAUACCACCAAAUUGAGCACGACUUGUAGGACUGGUUGCAUAAUUUUUUUUUUUAAUAGUAAUUUGAUUCAUAAAACCUACUGUAGAAUCACCUACUUCUGUUCCCAAACAGAGAUGUUACCGUGGUCUUAAAGAAUCGUAUCUUUGCUCCUAGAUUUUUGCCAAACUCUUGGAUUCUAAAACAUAUAUUGACAUUGUGGAUGUGGUUGCCACCUUGUGAGGUACAUCUUGUAUCUUUUUGAAAUGGAACUCGUUUGGUUA